UCUCAGAAUAUAUAGCGCACACACUUGGACAUUUCCAAGUCAAAACACUUGUGGCUGGGGACGUCUAGCGGUCAUAUCAUUCUGCACCUCAUGCCGGAGCCCGGAAGCAAAUGAGCACGUCCAGACGCCGGCCAUGACGCUUGCCUUCGCCGUGCGCCGGAGGGAGCCGGUUCUCAUCGGUCCGGUAGCACCGACGCCCCUCGAGACAAAGCGCCUCUCCGACAUUGACGACCAGGAGACGCUGCGCCGGCACGUGCCGUUCGUCUUCUUCUACCGCGGCAGGCCGUCGCAUGCCGACGACCCGGCGAGUGUCAUCCGCCGCGCGCUCGGGGAGGCGCUGGUGCCGUACUACCCCCUCGCCGGGCGGUUGAGGGAGGUGGAUGCACGGAAGCUGGUCGUCGACUGCACCGGCGAGGGGGUGAUGUUUGUGGAGGCUGAUGCCGACGUGCGGCUGGCGCAGCUGGAGGCGGCCGGGCUGAGGCCGCCGUUCCCGUGCAUGGAUCAGCUGCUGUUCUUCGCCGAAGGCUCCAGUGGUGUGCUAAACUGCCCCUUGCUGCUCAUCCAGGUGACCCGGCUGCUCUGCGGCGGCUUCGUCUUCGCGCUCCGCCUCAACCACACCAUCUGCGAUGCCAUCGGCCUCGCGCAGUUCAUGUCCGCCGUGGCCGAGCUCGCCCGCGGCCUCCCAGCGCCGACAGUCUCACCCGCGUGGUCCCGCGAGCUCCUGGAGGCGCGCUGCCCACCAAAGCCGGCGUUCCCUCACCGCGAGUUCGACGCCGUGCGGCCGCCGCUGCCACCGCCAGGCGACAUGGUCACGCGGACCUUCACCUUCGGACCAGCCGAUGUCACCGCGAUCAAAAGGGGCCUCCCGUCGGGCCUCCGCGACACGGCCACGACUUUUGAGGCGCUCACGGCGGCCCUUUGGCGCGCCUGGACGGCCGCGCUCAAGCUCCCGCCAGACGAGGACGUGCGUUUGGUGGUCAUCGUCAACUUCAGGGGCGUGCCCGAGCUGGGGCUUCCCCCCGGCUACUACGGCAACGCGUGCAUGCCCGUGGCUGUGCUGACCACCGCGGGGGCGCUGCUGGCUGGCUCGCUGGGCGACGCGGUGGAGCUGGUGCGGGAGGCGAAGGCCGCGGUGACUGCCGAGUACGUGCGGUCCACGGCUGACCUGCUGGUGCUGCGCGGGCGUCCGUGCGUGGGGCUGGCGAACCUCUUCCUCGUGUCGGACAACCGGCACGCCGGGUUCCACCAAGUGGACUUCGGGUGGGGCGACCCGGUGUACGGCGGCCCUGCGGAGACGCUGUUCGGGGUGAGCUUCCUUGUCCACGUCGGGAACGGCAACGGGGAUGGCGCCGUGGCCGUCCCUGUCGUGCUGCCGGGUCCGGUCAUGAACUGGUUCGCGUUGGAGGUCGAGAUGCUGUUGAAGGUUAGUGCUGCAGUCUGCCGCCAUGUUUAGGGCCCCUUGGAACACGGGAGCUCGAUCGGAUUACUGUACUGCAAGAAUUAUUGUGUUUUGAUCACUGCAGUGACUAGUAUGACGAACUAAAAUUAAACGCAA